AUGGGUACUGGAGAGCUGUAUGUGGCUGUGGAACCCAAGGAGGCUCAAGACGAUACCAAAGCUCCAAUCUGCGGCGGGACGACAGGUUUCUGGGAAAAGCUGGAGGAUGAACUCGAUCGACUCUACGCAAAGCUGGGGCACCGGUACUUCAUAUCAAAGUCGCAGGUCCUGAGCACAGACGGCCAGGGGUUGGUUGAGCACAUGGUGAAAACUCUUAAGCCACUCUGGGCACAAUGGGAUGAAGAGAUGGUACGCAAGGACAAGGCCAGGUACCCAAAAGCCACUGUCCUCUGCGACUUUGUUUUGUCACAGGAGAUUGAUGCCACAACAACAGCCUCGCAGUCAACAAUGCCCGUGCAGUCAACCAUGACAACGCCUGCCCAGUCUGCAAUGCCUGUCCAUUCCGCAAUGCCCGCCCAGUUGAUGAUGCCAGCCCAGUCAACCAUGACCACGCAGUUGACAAUGCUGGCCCAGUCAACCAUGACUGCGCAGUUGAACAUUCCCUCGCAGUUGACCGUGCCAUUGCAGUUGACCGUGCCCUUGCAGUUGACCAUUCCUGCACUGUCGUCGAUGCCCAUAUCAGUGCCAUUGAUGAUGCUCGUGCCAUCAUCGAUGAUGACCUCGCAGACCGCAAGGCCUACCAACAACAAUGUAUCAUGA